UCCCAGGCACCCUGGAGACCCAGACCUCCCUCCUGACCCCUGCAAAGUCCAGCCCGGCACCCCCAGCAGGCCAGCGAUGACAGGAAAAUGCACCCCGGAGGCUCCCCGCUGUGGUCCAGAGGAGCCCGCCUCUGCGUCUGCCAAGGUGCCCACCACAGAGCCCUCUGGAGGAGCGGCAGCAUCAGGGUCUACAGGGGAGGAGCAGGUGCCCACGCCUCAGGGGCCUGCCCCCCAGGCCCCUGCACCCCCCACAGCCCCCGCAACCUCUAAACCUGCACCUCCCAACGCAGACCUCCCUGGUGCCCCCCUGCUGCUGGCUGUGGAGGACGUGAGCGACAGCUCGGUGACCGUGAGCUGGGAGCCCCCCGAGACACUAGGGAGGCUGGGGCUCCAGGGCUAUGUGCUGGAGCUCCGCCGAGAGGGAGCUGCGGAGUGGGUGCCCGUGAACGCCCGGCCCGUGAUGGUGACCCAGCAGACCUUGCGGAACCUGGCUCUAGGGGACAAGUUCCUCCUGCGUGUGGCUGCGGUGAGCUCGGCGGGGGCUGGCCCGGCGGCUGUGCUGGACCAGCCUGUCCACAUCCAGAAGAUUGUAGAGGCCCCCAAAAUCCGGGUCCCCCGCCACCUCCGUCAGACGUACAUCCGCCAAGUGGGAGAGACAGUCAACCUGCAAAUCCCCUUCCAGGGGAAUCCAAAGCCUGAGGCCUCGUGGACCCACAAUGGCCACUCCCUGGACACCCAGCGGGUGAGCGUGCGCACGGGGGCCCAGGACUCCAUCCUGUUCAUUCGCUCGGCCCAGCGCUCCGACUCAGGCUGCUACGAGCUCACCGUGCAGCUGGAAGGCCUGGAAGCCAAGGCAGCCAUCAACAUCCUGGUGAUCGAGAAACCUGGAGCCCCCAGCAGCCUCAGGCUACUGGACGUCUGGGGCUGCAACGCUGCCCUUGAGUGGACACCACCCCAGGACACGGGCAACACAGAGCUCCUGGGCUACACUGUGCAGAAAGCAGACAAGAAGACAGGGCAAUGGUUCACGGUGCUGGAACGCUACCACCCGACCUCCUGCAUCAUCUCCGACCUCAUCGGGGGAAACUCCUACUCCUUCCGGGUCUUCUCGGAGAACCUGUGCGGCCUCAGUGCCUCAGCCGCCUCCACCAAGGAGCUCGCCCACAUCCAGAAGGCAGGUACUGUUGCCAAACCUAAAGGGUUUGUGGAGCGAGACUUCUCCGAAGCCCCCUCAUUCACCCAGCCCCUGGCCGACCACACGUCCACCCCCGGCUACAGCACGCAGCUCUUCUGCAGCGUCCGCGCGUCCCCCAAGCCCAAGAUCAUCUGGAUGAAGAACAGGAUGGACAUCCAGGGCGACCCCAAAUACCGCGCCCUUUCUGAGCAAGGAGUCUGCACCCUAGAGAUCCGGAAACCCAGCCCCUUCGAUUCUGGGGUCUACACCUGCAAGGCCGUCAACGUGCUCGGGGAAGCAUCUGUGGACUGCCGGCUGGAGGUCAAAGCCUCAGCCACACACUGAAGAGCUGCCAGAGGAGGCUGCGACCAGGUGAAGGUGCCACAGACCCAAGGGCCCAGAGUCAAGCUCCCCGGAUGCUCCAGACGCCAUGUCCACAGUGACAGCUGAUGGCUGUGCUCUCCGGUCCCUGCCAAGCUCCCUCCCCCAGGGGGUGGAGCCCAAAGGUCCCAGGCCAGGCCUCCUGGGCACAAGGGGGCCUGGAAGGUACCCGGAUUGGAGUGACCCCUGCAGAGAGUGGCGCAGGGGGCAAGAGGCACUCAAAUAAAGGUGUGUGGUGUUACAGUG